CCUGCCGAAGUGCGGGUUUCUAACUUAACAAUUUGUGGACUCGGUCGCCAUGCCAUUGAGUACACAGGCGUACAUGCUGCUGUCGCACCAUGCUGGCACCGUGCUAAAGUCCCGGGACGCUUGUCUGGACCUCGGCGAGCUGCCAUGGCCCCGUUUGGAAGAAAUUUUCUGAAAGCGCGCUUGAAAAACAGGUCUGAAAAUAAAGACAGUCCUCCUGGAAAGGAGAUUCAGGUGUGGGUGUGUCAGGAGGAGAAGAUCGUGUGUGGGAUCAGCAAGCGGACCACUUGCUCCCACGUAGUACAGGCUCUUCUGGAGGACCACAGGAAUGUUCCAGAAAACCAGAGGGUUCUGCAUGGUGAAACCAGCGACUACUGCCUGUUGGAGAGAUGGAAAGGGUUUGAGCGAGCCCUCCCCCCACUCACACGGAUCCUCCCCCUGUGGGCGGCCUGGGGGGAGGAAAAGCCCUUCAUCCAGUUUGUGCUGGUUAGGGCCGGUCAGUUUGCCCCGCAGUCGGGAAAGAAGGCGCUCCGGUACGGAAGGGCCAGGGCCCGGUCCAAACAGGCAGACCCAGGCCCGGGUGAGUACCUGAGGUCCCUGCCCAUCGAACGUCAGAGACGGAUGGUCAGGAAGGCUUUCAGGAAGCUGGAGAAGAUUCGGAAGGAGAAGGAAAAGAAACCUCAGGAAGAGGAGACCAUCGACAGGAUGGUGCAGCUGAUCCUCACUCAGGACCAGACCAUCCAGCAGCAGAUACAUCGCAUGAGGGAGCUCGACCUGCAGAUCGACUGCAUGGAACGGCGGCAAUGGGAGGAGCAUCGGCCACCUGAGCCGGGGUGGGCCAGCUGUCCCUCUCUGGACCUGGCGGAGCUUGUGGACGACCAGGAGCUGCAGGAGGACCCGUGCACCAGUGACACAAUCGACCAGCUGGAGACGCUAGUCAGCCAUCAUCUCGGACUCAUCGGAAAGCUGUCUCACGACAUUGACAUGGAAUUACUCAAGUUUUUAGAUGCAGAAUCGCUGCCACAGGGGGCGACAGCGAGCGGCGGGUACGACCCGGAGGAAGCUGCCCAAUUUGAGGAGCUCAGGAGGGAGCUGGAGGAGAGCAUGCAGAGGGGAGCACUGCUGCAUGCUGAGGCAGCACAGGUGGAGGAGGAGCUGCAGCACGGCACUCUGGUGCUGCGCUCGCAGAACUGUGAGUGCGAACAUCUGGCCGGGCAGCUGAGCCACCUCAGCACAGGGGACAGUGGUGGUGGUCCGGGGGGGGUGGCGGCAUGCAAGCCCGGCCACACCGAGGGCAUGGACACGGACUCGGACACAGGAAUCAGCUCCACCCACAGCCAGGACUCGCUGUCACCCUGCAGGAAGACACCCCCCUCGCAGGGAACUGAGCAGUAACACAUACGCUCAGGAAAGGCCCAUCCACCCUAAACCCUAAACCCCUAAACCCAUAAACCCUAAACCCCUAAGCCCUAAACCCUAACUCCUAACCCCCUUGCGGGGAACUGAGCAGUAACACAUACGCUCAGGAAAGGCCCGUCCACCCUAAACCCCUAAACCCCUAAACCUUAAACCCUAACCCCCUUGCGGGGAACUGAGCAGUAACACAUACGCUCUGGAAAGGCCCGUCCACCCUAAACCCCUAAACCCCUAAACCUUAAACCCUAACCCCCUUGCGGGGAACUGAGCAGUAACACA